GGAGAAACUCGUCAAUUUCAAAAUGUCAUCAGUCAAACGCUUGGUUUAUGCAGUCAUCCAUUUCUUGAGAGAGCAGAGUCAGAUGGAUACUUUCACUCCAGAUGAACAAGAAAGCUUGGAAGUUGCAAUUCAGUGUCUGGAGACUGUGUUUAAGAUUAACCUGGAAGAUACUCAUCUUGCACCUCCACAGCAUUUGAUAGAAAUGUUCACAAAUUCUUUUCACAAGAAUGACAUGUUGCCUCUCUCAGAUUCUUUACCAGAGGAUGUUGAAAAGGCUGACCAACUGAAGGAUGAAGGUAAUAAUCAUAUGAAAGAAGAAAAUUAUGGUGCUGCAGUGGAUUGUUAUACUAGGGCUAUAGAACUGGAUCCAAACAAUGCAGUCUAUUACUGCAACAGGGCUGCUGCUCAAAGUAAGCUCAACAACUACAGUGAAGCAAUAAAGGAUUGUGAGAGAGCCAUAGCAAUAGAUCCAAAGUACAGCAAAGCAUAUGGGAGAAUGGGGUUGGCUCUGACCUCAGUGAAUAAAUAUGAAGAAGCAGUUACCAGUUACCAAAAAGCACUGGAUCUUGAUCCAGAGAAUGACUCUUAUAAGUCAAAUUUGAAAAUAGCGGAACAGAAACUAAGAGACGUGUCCAGUCCUACUGGAACUGGACUGAGUUUUGACAUGGCAAGCUUGAUAAACAAUCCUGCCUUCAUUAGUAUGGCAGCAAGCUUAAUGCAGAAUCCUCAAGUUCAACAAUUGAUGUCGGGGAUGAUGUCAAACGCCAUUGGUGGCCCUGCUGCAGGUGUUGGUGGCCUGUCAGAUUUGUCCAGCCUGAUCCAUGCGGGGCAGCAGUUUGCACAACAGAUACAGCAGCAGAAUCCAGAGCUGAUAGAGCAACUGAGAAACCAUGUCCGGAGCAGAUCUUUCAGUGGCAGCACUGAAGAGCAUUCCUGACUUAGAGGAGGCAUGUGAAUUGGAAUGGUAUAUAUCCCCAAAAUGCAUACCAUAGUUAGUAGCAAAAGCACCAUUGUAACUCUUCUGCUUGAAUAGAAGACAGAAAAUUCUUUGUGCGUGUUUGCAAACAAGAAUAAAUCUGUUAAACAGAUCUAUUGCACAUAACUUGGAACAUAUCGUUUAUGUACAGUUACUCCUCUGAAAAUUAAUACACUAAAUAGGUGGUUUAUUAAAAUCUCUAAGUACAAGUCAUUUUCAGUAUGUGCAUUAGAUUGAUCUCCAGGGCUACUGAGUGGGGAGGAGUUUUGUAGUGGGCUGAUCUUGCGUAACAGCUUGAUUCUAAAAAUCUUAGUGUAAAAGGCACAUUAUUCUUAUGGUGAAAAUCAUUAUGGCUGUACUCCCUGACAAAUAUUGAAACAGUAGGCCUAUCUGAUGUGCCCUUUUAUAAUGAUCAUAAAUCACUGCUGGAGAAUAGUGUACUUAAUGCUUGAAAAACUCUUUUUCUUUAAGCCUGUGGAGGGGCCGUCAUUAGUAACAUGAAAUAUUUUUCAACUUCAUUGGGCAGGAGGGAGGGAGAUGAUUGCAUAUGAAGGAGCACAAACUGAAGAGAAAGAAAACACUAAUCCUGAGUAGGAUAAUACAGAAAAAACAAAACGAAACUUGGCUUGGGAAAGGAAAGAGUAUUAAGAAGUUUUAGGUUUUUCUACUGCCACGUAUACCCUCAAAUCAUGAUGGUAGCCCUGGAGGUCAGUAUUAUGGCACUAUUUUCCUAGGCAUGGCAAACUGUAUUACAUUCUGUAUGUAUGCAGUAUUUAACACAUGCUUAAAAUUCUUAACUGUAAUAAGCUAAAACUGAUCCUGUGACCGUACAAGUAACUAGUACUGAAAAUUUAUCAAAAAAUAACUGCCUUAGAAAGAAGGAUUCUCUUUCUAUUCUUGUGUGGUAAAUCACUGGCUUAAACAAUUAAGGAUUUUUUUUUUUUAAGUUUCAUUACACAUAUCUAUCUUAAGUGAUGGUUAUAUAGCCAAGUUAAUGAUUUUUCCACUCUAUAUUAUUUCUGUUCCUACCCUGGCUUUUCUUGCUUAUUUAAUCUUACUCUUUCAGAGACCACUGCUUUUCUGUAUUUUUAUUAUGUUAACUUUUUUAAUUCUGCUUACUGUUCACACUGCUUUCUGGUACAAGGUACACUUGUUUUUACUCCGGGGAUGUUCUCAACACUCACACUUUCCUCUUUGUAUAUCAAAAGUAAUUUGAGGAGCCUGCUCUGAUUCCUAAGACAAAGUGAUCUCUGCUGGCCAGUUAGACUGGAGAAGGUAUGCGGAGGAAUAAUGAUAGACUCCCAAAUGGAGAAAUACACAGGAAUUCCUGGACCUCAGACAUUAUAUCUGAUUCAUCUUGUGGUCAAAAAAGAGCACCUCAGGUAGAAGCAAAUGCAAAAUUUGGGGCUAAGUCACAUACUUGACGCUAACAAAUGCUAGCUGUGCAUCUGUUGUAUGAGUCUUCCCCUACUAAAAUGGUGGGGGGAAAUACAGCUGGAUCCAAGGAGAAAUGAAAAGAAUUGAAGAAAACACAAAAAUAGGAAAUCGGUAUUACCAUCUGUUGAAUAAAGAGGUAAAGCUUAAUAGAGCAACUUAAACAACUUUAAGACAUUUUAUACUUUAUUCAAUAGAGCUUGCCUAUACACAGCAUUAAAAUGCUUUUUAAAAUUCUCUAUAUAAGUUGCUGUAGCUGCCUUUUUGAGGCUGUAGAAAUAGUUAAGCUUUACAUCAAACACAUUUCCAAGUAACAGCUUCUGACUUAACAUCUGAUGAUAAAGAAGAAAAUCCCUAACAGGAUCUUUUUUCAGAGGUAGUUCAGAUCCUGAAUCUAAUCCAUUCAAGAAAACUGCUACUGAAGUUCAGUUACAUUUUAUAGGACAGGAUACCAUUUACAAGAAAGAUCGAUGGAGGCUGUAGGUGGGCUACAACUACUGUACAAACAUUGCUUGGAGUAGUGUGUGGCGUCAGGAGAGAAGCAUUGCUCCUAGCAUAUCUCCUGUUAAACUUCAUGGUUCCUCUUAGUUCUCUUUCAUAUUUUCAGCUGCUCAAUGUGAGUUUUACUAACUUUGGUAAGGGGAACCAGUAAAUCCAGAGUGGACUGGACAGCACUGCAGUAUCUCUUACGCUCAAUUUAUCCUUACUUUGUGACAGCAAUCUUCAUAUGCUCAGUUACCUUUCUACUUUAAGACAGAAAGAGUGUCAAGAACCUCCUGAGAGUUCCUUAAGAACUACAGAAUACAGUAAUAUUCAAAGACUGGCUGUAGAAGGUGCACUGUCAAGUACGAGCCCUGUAGCUUACUGGAUUUAUGGGAGAACUAUCCCCAAGGUUAAAAGGAAUGAAGCAUUGGUUAGUUAUCUGAAAACUACUCUUGAAAUCAUUGUUAUAGAGUGGUAGCUUUCAUUUCACAUACUACAAUAUUGUCAUGUUUAAGUUUUACUCCAGUAUAGAUAAUAUGUAACCAGAGUAUUUAUUAAUAAACAUUGAUGGCAUUAGCUAACCCUUUAGGAAUGUGCUACAACUGGCACAAUACUUAACUUGUAAACAUUCUUUGUUUCUUGUAUAUUAACAAAAAGGGCUUUAUAGCCUAAAUAAAAAACAGUGAAACCAAUAACAGGAGCUGUCAUUACAUGCUUUUCCAUUGAAACCAGGAACAGAGGGAUCAUUUAUGCUAAAGUCUAUUUUGCCUUGAAUAGGCUAGAUUGUUUCAGAGAGUCAUGCAAUAUGUCUUAAUCACAGGGUGAGGAAGGAGUCUUUUCCUGUGUAAUAACUGCACUUUAUUUCGCACUAAAAUUUUUCAUCCCGCUAGAUCAAGUGGUAAACCACAAUCCCCAUAAAUACUGCUUUAAUUUAAGGUCAAUUGCAGUUUAUCAUUCAGCUGAGCAAAUAUGCAUUUAACACCUAAUUGGUUUUGUACCAUUACUGUUCCAUCAGCAUAUAAGUGUGGUAGUUGUUAAAGAAAAUGUUUUGCACUCAGAUUGUAAACUCCUGUAACCUGCUUGCAUGGAAUUAUAUUCUUCUAACUAUGCCUGAUCAUAAAGACACCUAAUGAAAUACUCAGCUUAGAAAUUGUUUCAGUUGCAUUUUUGGUUUUGUAACAACUACAAAGUAAAAUCACUCAUGCGUAGUGAGAAAGAACUAAGUCUGCAGCUUUGGAUUCAUACACGGUUUCAGGGCUACAGAAAGUCAUACUGGCAAAAUACAACUUGUCUACCAUUUCUGUACCUCUCCUACCUCUUACGACCAUAUGGUUACAUCUCCUUCAACUUGUGUCAGUUUAACUUGAAAACAGAUCAUUAAUAAAGUUAUUUACAUUUUUUGUCU